AUGGACAAACCAGACCUCAUCCCCUACAUCGAGGGCCUCCGUACUCACACCGAACAACUUGUGACAACCCUUCCGGGCAAACUCAAGAAGAUGCCGACCAUGCCUCUAAAGGAGACUGUUGCUAGGAACAUCUUCGAGGACAACAUGCAGAAACUGCUUCAGUAUCUCAAACAAGUCGAGAAAGCUUGCGAGCGUGCGAAAAAUCAACAAGCGCGCAUGCAAAUCCAGGACUGGCGCGCCAAGUUGAAAUCAAUGAUUGACCUUGCCUACAAGCGUCCAGAUAUGUUUGUGCGAGAUCAUGCUCAUCAUAUUGGUUCGAGCCCUGUGCGUGUCUACGCUGUUGGUGAAGACGCCGGCGGUCAAUUCCAAGCAAUGACCACAUCUCAUGGUCUCACCACAUCGGUCAAUGGAAAUAACUUGCUUGCAUUGCCAGACAACGCUGCUGGUGAUGAAGCGCCUGAGGGCCGUCAUGAAUUGCUCAACAAUCAAGUGACUGCCCCGAGUCCUACUGGAGCAAGCGAUGCAACAGGUACCAACAAAGCUCCCGGCUUUCUCGAUCAGGUGCAACCCAUGGUCUCGAUCGGGUCCCCUGAAAGUGGCGAAAUCACCUUUGCGCCAUCACAAGGAAGCCUGUCAAAUCUGUUCACCUUCGGUUCGAACCCAAAAACAUCAAAAGACGAUGGCUCUAGCGAAACCUGCUCCACCCCGACCAAUCCUCAAGAGGCCACUUCAUUGAUCAAGGAGGAUGUGGUCAAAACACAAGCAGGAGAAGUCUCAGCGGUUGCAGGACACAUUGCUGAAUACCUUAGCGAACAAGAGAAGAUUGAACCUGAGACAUCAGAACAAGUCGCAGUUAAGCCUGCUACUCUCGAGCAAGAUCAUUUGCAACAGACCGGGGUCCAAGAAUGUGGAUAUGGACCAGCUGAGAGCGCCACCGAGAAUGAGUACACCCUAGGCCAUGUCUUCGUCUGGUCACCGGACCAUGCUCCACCCAACGGCGACGAAGGAGAUGUUGCAGCUGAACAACCGGUCGAGAUUGACGAGCAAGUGCCUACUGACAUGACGGUCGAUCCCUCUGCUUCGUCUGGCCUCCAAUCUUCAACUGAGCCUGCAGCUCCUUCUGCGUUCACUAGCGCAACCGAGGAAUACACUCUCGGUCAUGUGUUCGUGUUCUCUCCUGAUCAAGCGCCAGCUAACGGCGACGAGGAGGUUGUUCAAGCAGAAGUAGCACCCAAGACCGAAACCGAAGCCUCCGUGGAGCAUGAUGUUGUGUCUGCAUCGGACAUCAAACUGGAAAACCUCAAAGUGCGUGAAGUUGAGCCAUCUGUCCAUUCUGUAAUCGUUGCCACGACUGAGACCCUGGGCGCUUCUCCAUUCACCAAACACGACUCUGACUAUACCCUCGGUCAUGUCUUUGUUUUCUCUCCAGACCAUGCGCCACCGAACGGCGAUGAAGAAGUUGUUGCUGUCGAUUCGUUAUUUGAUACCGAAACUGAAGCCCAUAUCGAGCUUGAAAUGGGAGCACUGGUUGACGUCCCCUUCGAAUCACCCACUGAUUGCGCAACCGAAGCGUUUAUCGAUACUACGGACGAAACAACAACCAAACCUCCACAUGUUCCACUGCCGAUCAGCACUGAGCCAGAUCAUUCCCUGGGUCUUGCGUUCGUUAUCUCUCCUGACCAACCACGACUGCAUGGGGAGGAUGUUGAGAUCGAAGCCGCUGUUCCUCAUGGCAACGCAUGUUGCAACGAUGAGCAACACCAGGUGGACGACGCAUCCGAUAUGGACAGUCUUUUCGACCCCGGAGAUGCUUCUGACUACCUUGCUGCAGCUCUUGCCGAGAACUGGCUGCUGAGCGAGGACGAGGACCUCGCUGAAGAGACCCCAAUUGUCAAGCACAAUGCAGUCUCCGAUGCUGGUGAUGCUAUUGGGCAAGGUGCUGUCUCCGAUACCGAAGAUAGCUUAAUCAUCAUUACGAAAGAGGAGCCAUGCAACCCAGUCGAAGAAGUCUUGAUUGCUGGCGAUAUUACUGCAAAAGAAACCCAAGCCCGCACUGCCAGCGGUGCAGAGGAGAACACUUUGGGCCAUGUCUUUGUUUGGUCAGCUCUUCAGGCUCCACCUGACCGAGACACUGUUUCCACAUCGUUCCCGGUGCCGGUUGAGAACACCAUCGAAGACGAGUCGACUCUGCUAGACGACCAAACUCCAAAAGGCGACACAUUCAAAGAAGUAGUCACUGAAGAGGUUGUCAUUUCUGGUACAGGAAUCGCUAAUGACGAAGUCAAUACGGUGACAGUUGAGGUGGAGACCGAAUCUCUUGUGAAUUCACCGCCUGUCGCGAAGGCCUUCGAAAUGAUCGGCGAAGAAGUUGUGGAGGAGAUCCUUGACGAGUCAUUCAAGGAACUUGUUGAGAAGUCUGUUGAAAAGUCCCGCGAGAAGGACUUCGAAAUCGCAGUCGAAAAUUCGGAGCACAUCAUCGAGUUUCCCAAGGAACGAGUCCAGACUAGUCCUACCUUCGUUCCAGUCGGUCGCUGUCUCACGAGAGUCCUCGCUGGCAUCACCACCGCCUCCGUCGUUGUUGGCCUGAAAUCUCCAGUCAUUGCGGCGCUCAUAAUGUAUGCUGGGAUUGCGUACGCCAAAUACCGUCUGAACCGUUAG